AUGCGUAAGAGAUUAAGAGGUGGGGGUCGCUCGGCCAUGGCAGCAGCUGCCAUGGCCGAUGAUGAAGCAGCGGCGGCGAUGGAGAGGAAGCAGCAAGGCCCGGUGGCGCAUGGUGGAGCUCGAGAAUGGGAUUUUGAGCGCAAGUGGCAGCUCUCGAGGCGAUGCCGAUGUGGGCGGUUGGCCGAUUUUCGUUUCCAAAUUGUCCGAGGUUUGACCGGGGAGGCGGUGAUCCUAGAGGAACUAGAGGUUCGGGUUGGAAUUCGGGCCGAGGCAAAGAUGAGGCUUCGAGCCAGGGUGAGAGUGCAGCCAAAUUUUGGCGCCGUUGCCGGGGAGAUUGAGGCAAAAACAAAAAGAAAAAAAAUAAGAAUAAGCAUCUCCUGAUAAAUUCGGUAACUCUGUUUCUUCUUUUUUUUUCUUUUUACUUUAUUUUUGUUUGUAUAUGGUGUAUGAUACUUAGGUCAGGUAAAACUACAGAAUAUCAAUCACCCAUGUCUCAACACAACGAGAACAUGCAUCUUACACACAACAUGUCUGCACGUGGUAGUGAUCACGGUGACCCUGACCCCAUUGAUCAAGAGAUGAUCAGACCCCUUAAGGAGUAUCUUCAUCCUCCUAGGCAGACAACCCCUUCAUGCAUUAUUCUUCCCAUCAACCAUCAUAGGUUUAACUUUAAACCUGGCAUAAUCCAAUUGUUGCCAACUUUUCAUGGUAUGGAUUCUGAAAAUCCAUAUACUCAUAUGAAAGAAUUUGAGGAAGUAUGUAGCACUUGCAUGGACCAUACAACAAAUGAGGAUGUCAUAAGAUUAAAACUCUUUCCAUUCUCACUGAAAGAUAAGGCAAAAAUGUGGUUAGGCACUCUCCCACCUAGAUCUAUAGGAACUUGGAGAGAAAUGCAAGAAACUUUCUUAAAAAAAUAUUUCCCUACCAACAGAACUGCUACUCUUCAAAGACAAAUCAUGAAUUUUGCCUGUAAACCAAAUGAGAAUUUGGCUCAAGCGUGGGAAAGGUUUAAAGACCUUCUUCACACUUGUCCGCACCAUGCUUUUGAGCAAUGGAGAGUGGUCAGUUUCUUUUAUGAUUCACUCACUCCCCAAUUGAAAAUGCUAGUUUCUACAAUGUGCAAUGGAGAAUUCUAUGAGAAGACUCCAGAAGAAGCUUUUCACUUCUUUGACACAUUGGCUGAGAAUACAAGGAACUGGGAAGUUGGUCCAACAUCUGCUCUUGAUUCAAGAGAAAAUCCACAACCUAGAGGGAGAUACCAACUGAGUGAGAGUGACGAUUUAAAUGCAAGACUAACUGCUUUAACAAAGAAAGUUGAAAACAUGCAACCCAAAAAGGUGCAAUCCGUUAAUCAAGUGGAAGUAAAGUGUGUUGUGUGUGAUGCAACAGAUCAUUCAACUGAAGAAUGUCCUACCAUACCUGCUUUCAAGGAGGUAUUGUAUGGGCAGACUAAUAACAAUCAUUCACACAACUUUGAGGGGAGACAAAAUCAAAAUCAAAGUGGAGCCUAUUAUGGGAAUAAUCAGAACUACAAUUCAUAUCAUCCCAAUAAUAGAAAUCACCCUAAUUUUUCUUGGAGAAAUGAUUCUGGAAAUCAUUCUCAACCUCACUUCCCUGCACAAUAACACACUUUCCA